AUGUUCUCCUUCAACUCAGCCGCAACCCUCCACCACGUUACCCACCUCCCACCAUCCACAACCUUCGCGCGCGCCCUCGAGUGCCUCCACAACCACGACCUCUUAAUCCGCCUCGACCCCGAACUCGCGCACUACUCAACCCUGCCCUCUCCCUCCUCAGCGCCCUCAACAAAACGCUACAAAGUAACAGACAGCAUGCACACGCUCCCGGCCGGUCUGUGGGAUACAACCGUAACCUUCGAAGCGGACAUCACCAACACCGAGGACGGCAUUGAGUGGAUUAUAAGGGCGCCGCUGGGCUUGGUGCAGAGGACGACGUGGAGGGUCGUCAAGAGGGAGAGCUUGGGCAAGGAGGAGGAUGCGCUUGUGGUUAAUGGCGAGGGGGAGUGGAGUUUGGUUGAGGAUGUGGAGAUCAAAGCGAAUCGCAUGUUAGUGGGGACAGUGAAGGGGAAGUGUGAGGAGAAUUGGAGGGGUGUGCAUGGGCGGUUUGUGGGGCAUUUGGGGGAGAAAGCGUAG